UCCAGAUAUGCAAUUUCUAAGGAAAUAAAUAUAAGUAAAUAAUAAAUAAAAUAAAAGAAUCUUUCCCUCUCUCUCUCUCUCUACUGCAACUCGAAAUCGUGAUCGUACGUCCGGCCACCGAGAUGAUUCCAUCUGUUUAAUGCGUCUUCGUGUAAAUCAACAGCUUCGUGCCUAUAAAACCUUCUCCUCUCAUUCCCAUCACUCAUCUCAAUCUCGAUUUCUCUAGGGUUUGCUAAUUCCCCAACUCUCGACGACGAAAUUUUCAGUCUUUCCCAGAAAUUGAGUAUCCUCUGUUGCUGAAUUGCUCGGAUUGUCUCGAAAUUAGGGUUUUUGAUUGAUUUCAAAAGCUCGAUAUUUGUAACCUAGAAAGUAUCGAUUUUGGGAGUUUUUUAAAAAAAAAAGCAAAAUGGAAGAAGGAGAGCUUGAGUUGUCGAACAAUCAGGAAGUGUUCUCGAGCUCCGACGUGGGCGGGGGGUUACCUCCAAGCAACUCUUCCAUAGAUAGUUUCUUCGAUGGGCUUCUCAUGGACUCUCAACAUCAUCAACAAGGUGCUUGUACCCACACUCACACCUGUAACAACCCAACAGAGCACACUCACACCCACACUUGCUUCCACGUCCACACCAACAUUCUCCCCGACGACAGCGACGAGAAGAUGUCCACCGACGACACAGCCGAGUCCUGUGGCAAGAACGGCGAGAAGAGACCUCUGGGGAACAGAGAAGCCGUUAGGAAGUACAGAGAGAAGAAGAAGGCUAAAGCUGCUUCCUUGGAGGACGAGUGUUCCAGGCUAAGGGCGGUGAAUCAGCAGCUUGUGAAGAGGUUGGGGAAUCAGGGCGCCUUGGAAGCUGAGGUCUCUAGGCUCAAGUGUUUGCUUGUGGAUCUGAGGGGGAGGAUUGAUGGGGAGAUUGGGUCUUUUCCUUAUCAGAAACCUAGUAUUAGUAUCCCUUCCUUCUCACACUUGAUGAACCCUUGUAACGUGCAGUGUGGUGGUGGUGAUGAUGAUGAGGUUUAUUGCCUUCAGGAUGGGUAUGAACCCUUAAGUGGUUGUGAUUUUGACCAGCUUCAAUGCAUGGCGGCUAAUCAGAACUUAAACGGAUCGUUCAACAGUGCGGCCAAUGUAUCUACUACCUCUAAUAAGAGAAAAGGUGGGAAUCGUGCACCUAAAGCAGGUUGAAAGCAUCAUCAAGAUUGUACCAUCAUCUAUUAUUUACACCAGGAUAGAUAUAUUGUUAUUUCCAUAUAAGUUGUAGAGUUCUGCUGCUGCAUCAGCUUCACUCAGGUUCCUCUUGUGUUUGCAUUUUUUGUUUCUUUUUUUUUUUUUGAAACUAUUUUUCCUUCCAUUGUAUUUUCUUGUUGAGUUUGCCGUACCAGAUGGGUGAUUUGUUAAUAUAAAAGUCAAAUCUUUCUGUGUGUGUU